UCGUUGUCUACCGUACUGUGCGUUAAUCGUUGACGUUUGAUUGAGAACGGCUUGAUUCCGGACUUUCGAAACACCGAGAAAGUGGAAACCUUGAAGAGUCUUGAGAAUUUCGUUAGAGGAUAUUGCCUUUCACUGCAUUCUUCAACAUCUUUUGUACAUGAAAUAAAUAGAAAGGAACACGAAUCAAUUGAUCAAUUUCGUUAUUAUAUUAUGUAUUGACAAAUAGAGUAUGAGAAUGACAAAAUUAUUCCUUAGUAUAUAUUAUAAAAAAAAAGAAUGAUAUAAAAGUUUAUAAAGAGAAACAGAUAAAGAUUAUGGAAUCGGAGAAAUGUCUUUAAGGUGGUUUGACAUGUCAAAUCCGUCAGAGCGCAUCACUUUGAUCAAUUAUGUGCAAGACAGCAGCAGUGACACGGAGACUGAUUAUAAGGAAACAGGAAGGGGAAGGCAUUGUGUCUACAAAAAUAGAUUGAGUUGUGGUGGCUCGUCGAAGCCGAAAUCUUGUCUGGUACAGAGGGAUAGCAGUGGCGAUCGGCAUUGUCAUUCUUUCAAUUCCGGCAGAAAUUCGCAGGGCACGAGGCUCAUUAACAGAUCGAGCUACCGGGCUUCGCAAUUUAUAAGAAUUCGCUCGAACGUCAACAUGGCCAAACAGAGUCAAAACCAAAACAGCAGCAGAGAUAACAUAAUGUCGGGAGGAUCGGCGACAGCAUCGAUUACCGGAGUUAGCAAUCAGCCAGCUAGUGAUGAAAGAAUCACCCUCAUCGUUGAUAAUACCAGAUUUAUCGUUGAUCCGGCUUUGUUCACAGCGCACCCCAACACAAUGUUAGGUCGCAUGUUCAGUUCAGGCGUGGAAUAUGCUCAACCUAACGAACGCGGCGAGUAUGAGGUCGCCGACGGUAUUUCUGCCAUGGUUUUCCGCGCCAUCCUGGAGUAUUAUAAGGGCGCAGUAAUUCGAUGUCCCCCGACUGUAAGUGUUCAAGAACUGCGAGAAGCUUGCGACUAUCUGCUAGUGCCUUUUGAUGCUAGCACGGUAAAAUGUCAAAAUCUCAGAGGAUUGCUACACGAAUUGUCGAAUGAAGGUGCACGCUGCCAAUUCGAAGUAUUCUUAGAGGAUUUGAUCUUGCCGCUGAUGGUAAACAGUGCACGACGCGGUGAUCGCGAAUGCCACAUUGUUGUCUUGCUCGAAGAUGAUGUCGUCGAUUGGGAUGAGGAAUAUCCGCCUCAAAUGGGAGAAGAAUAUUCUCAAACUGUCAAUAGCACGGCAAUGUAUCGCUUUUUCAAGUAUAUCGAAAAUCGAGACGUGGCCAAGCAAGUAAUGAAGGAGCGCGGCCUCAAAAAAAUUCGUUUAGGCAUCGAGGGCUAUCCGACUUAUAAGGAGAAGGUGAAGAAACGCGCCGGUGGCCGCGCCGAGGUCAUAUACAAUUACGUUCAACGACCCUUCAUCCACAUGUCUUGGGAAAAGGAAGAAGCCAAGAGCCGUCACGUUGACUUCCAGUGCGUUAAGUCCAAAUCGGUGACGAACCUCGCUGAAGCCACAGCUGAUCCUGUUCUGGAUGCCGCUGGAAAUCCUAUGCUUCUUCAAGUCGCUGAAGGGGCAGUCUCCCAGCCGGAAGUGGUUGGGCUUCCCAUGGGUUCGGAUGCUGAUGUGGACGGGCCGAUGGGACCUGGCGAUCAAGACUUGGGCCCGCUACCAUCUGAUGAGCUACCAUAAAAGAUGGGAAUAGACUAGGGAUUUAGAAAUCUUGAAAAAGAAUCUUGGAAACAAAAAAAUAUUUAACAAAAUCUUUAAAAAAGCUUUUGAAGAAUAUCUUGUAGUUUAUCUUGAAGAAUGAGAAUUGAAAACCGAAAUGUACUGGACUUCUUAAAAGACUGAGGUGCAUUUGACGUGAAUCGUUAGAUCAUUUGACGUAUUGAACCCUGAAGACUUUGGAAUAUAUUGGACAACAGAGGAUGUACGCUGAAAGUUUUCCAGGAUGAAUAUCCUAAAAUUUUUGAAGCUUAGAAAGAGCAACGAAUUGAUUAUUUACGAGGUUUUUGAUAUCACGAUUGAUUUAUAAGACUGUAUGAUUGAAAAAGGACGUAUCGAAAGACGUAUCAAGACGCUAUGCACUCCAGUUUUCAUGGUUCAAUGUUUUGCUUUUUUCCGGUUUUUGUUCCGAAUCUGUACGAUUCUAUAAUACUUAAAAAAAGAUUGUUGAAGUCAAGAAACAUACGAAGAAAUAUUUUUAAUUAAUGAUACGAAUGAACGGAUAUUUUUUGUCUUUGUAUGGUUCUUUAAGGUACGUAUGACUGUGUUGAAGAAAAAAAGACUUAUAUUAAGAUUAAACAUAAAUUUCUUCGUCUAGUAUCACUUGUCAUAGAGUUUUUCGCAAACUUUUGCAAUUUUAUGUAUAUAAGCGUUUAUAAUUAUUAUAUAUUCAUAUAUAUAUACACAUAUAAUAUAGAUUUACUUGUAUUAUGUGUAUAUUGCAAACACGAUCGAUGUAUUAUUAUCGCAUCUUUUACUACCAUCGGUCUUUCCCGUUUUAUACUAUUAUAAUAAAUAAAAUUGAAUACGCGAUUUUUUCUUAAUAAA